GUUUUGAUCUACAGCGACUUCCUGCCAAAUAGUUGUCCCUAACAACACAAGGCGCUCUACCGAGGGAAUUUUUGCCUAAGGAAACAUUAAGUUUCCUCGACGGUAGCACUUGGUGACAUGGGCUUUUGCCGAAGCAGCAGUGCCAGCAACUGCAGAGACUGAGAGAGCAGAUUUACCUGGACAAACAGUACAGAAAUUCUCCCUCAUAACUAUGGACGAAUCGCAAGAUGUGCCGGAGCUACCCACAAAGAAAGCACGGCAUGACCCAGAAGUAGGUCAGGAGAGUGAUUCAAGAGGUGUGGUUGCUAAUGACUCCCCUAACCGGAGCGAAUCAGCAGAGGUUAAUUCAUAUCCACCAUCAUCUGUCACUCAUUUACACACAAUGCCUGGGGGUCCAGACCAGUCAGAUCAAGAGACGAUAUCAAGAGCGACAGAAAAUGUAUAUACUCACAAUGCAGUGACCUGCAAAGACCUCACCACAACCACAGCCACCGAUUAUACCUCACAGAUCUACCAAGGAAGCAACACCGCUGUCACCGCAUAUGCCGGUCAAGUGGCUUUCCCCUCCCUGGGCCAGUCAUCCAUGUACAGCGCCUUUCCUCAGUCCGGCCAGACGUACGGACUGCCACCAUUUGGCACCAUGUGGCCGGGCUUAAAGACAGAGUCGCGGCUGCCCGAGGCGCCCUCUGUUGGCCAGACGGGGUUUCUCAGCUUCAGCUCAGGCUAUACCUCAGCCCAACCCAACCAGAUCCACUACACCUACCCCAGCCAAGGUUCAUGUUUCACUACAUCAAGCGUGUACACUAACAUCCCUUCGGCAACUGCGGUCACUACAGCCACCGCAACACAUCAGGAGUUCACAAAUUACAACUCUCUUGGCCAGAGUCAGUUUUCCCAGUACUACGUUCCUCCUUCCAGUUACCUGUCUGCUGGGCUGCCCAGUAGUGAUAGAGAUGGAGCAGGUGUGGUUGCUCCUGGAUAUCCAGCCAUAAAGACAGAAGGCAGUGCUUCAGCAGACCUGCCUAACACAACAGAUGAGUCCCCAGGUGUGACGCUCCCAACAGGUGUGGCUCUGCCCGCUGGGAUGGCCCUCCCAACAGGAGCACGAGACCAGGAUGAGUCCAGUCGCAAAAACCCUGCCAGCAAAGCUAAAGGGAAAGCCAAAAAGUCAGACAGCUCCCAGUCCACAGACAAUGACCUUGAGCGUGUCUUCUUGUGGGAUCUUGAUGAAACCAUCAUUAUUUUCCACUCUCUUCUUACUGGAUCCUUUGCUCAAAAGUUUGGCAAGGACCCAGCGACGGUUCUUAAUCUGGGCCUGCAGAUGGAGGAGUUGAUCUUUGAGCUUGCAGACACUCAUCUCUUCUUUAAUGAUCUGGAGGACUGUGAUCAAGUCCAUGUCGAUGACGUUGCCUCAGACGACAAUGGGCAGGAUUUGAGCAACUACAACUUCUCCAGCGAUGGCUUCAGUGGGCCCAGUGCAGGCGGGGGUCCGGGUACCACCGCGGCAGUACAGGGAGGUGUCGAGUGGAUGCGUAAGCUGGCCUUCAGGUAUCGCCGCCUCAAAGAGAUCUACAAUGGAUUCAAGGGAAAUGUGGGAGGUCUGCUGAGCCCUAUGAAGAGAGAUCUACUGCACCGACUGCGCUCGGAGAUUGAGAACGUCACCGAUGCCUGGCUGAGCACUGCCCUCAAAUCUCUCCUGCUUAUUCAGUCCAGGGGCAAAUGUAUGAAUGUUCUGGUUACCACCACUCAGCUGGUUCCAGCUUUAGCUAAAGUGCUGCUCUACGGCUUGGGUGAUGUCUUUCCCAUCGAGAACAUCUACAGCGCCACUAAAAUAGGAAAAGAGAGCUGUUUUGAACGCAUCAUCUCUCGCUUUGGGAAGAAAGUGACGUAUGUUGUUAUAGGGGAUGGGCGUGAUGAAGAAUUUGCAGCAAAGCAGCACAACAUGCCGUUUUGGCGAAUAUCUUCUCACGGGGACCUCAUUUCCCUUCAUCAAGCCCUGGAACUGGAUUUCUUAUAGAUAAAACUGGAUGUAAGCCAUAGAUGUGAUGAAUCGCCUUGAGCAGCAAGUCUUCAGUUGCACCCCGAUCCCCGCUGUCAACCCUUAAAACUUCAUCCACAGCUGAACUCUGCUCAGAGACUGAACUCAACCAAAUGGGGUCACACGUGUGACUCUGAGAUCCCACAGACCCUCUAUUCCCUCAAUGGCAGCUAUUCUCCCGCUGGGUUGAGACUUGCACUGGGACAAACUUCAUUAACACUCUCUGCGUCUAUAGCAGGCUCUUCAUAAAGGACUGUUGGCUUUACCAUCUUCAAAACAACUGCGUUCACCAAAGGAACAGCCUACGACCAAAGGUCUGCACUGCUGGCAUUGAAACCUCAGUGGGAGUCUGGACUUUUAUGCUAUAGUUUCAACCUUCAGUUGUUUGCAUUCAUUUUAAAGGGCUGAAAUGAGGAGUUGUUAUGAUUUGCACUCCAAAAGUUGGUUGCAAGUGAUAUGCUUUGGAAACAUCAACAAGGGAUAAUGCAUUUUUUUCAGUUCUUCAAACAGUGGCCUGCAUUGAAAUGGUACUUACAGGGAUAAGCAUAGAUCCUGCUUUAUUUUGUGGUUGAAAUGGAUGAAUUUGCCUAUGGUGUGAACGUUUUGCUUUUUCUUUGCUUUUGUUCCUUUAAAGAAAUACAGCCCAAAAAUUGCCAUUUGUUUACUAUACCAGUUCAAACCUGUAUACACUUUGGCCUUUUGUGAAAACAAGGAGGGGCUCUUUACGCUACAUCAUACAGUAAAGUUGAAAGAAGGGACAGGUGCUGUCAUGCUCUUAAAUGGCCCGGAAGAAAAAUUUGUAGUCUGUGUGGCUCAUACUUGAAAGGUUUAUGAUCAUUUUGUAAGGAACUGAUUAUCAUUUUUGAUCUCUCUAAUCUGACAGCCCCGAUGACGUGCACAUUUUUUUGUGUACCACUGAAUAAGGUUAUACAGGUUUACAGCAUUGGCGAGUAAAUGAGAUUUUUUAAGUGUAUUUUUGAGGGCAUCAGACAUUAUU